CCUCUUCUUUGCAUCCCACCUCGCCACAUGUGGAGAGACAACAUCAGGUUCCCUGCACGGUAUGCAUUAAUGGAGGGGCUGAGAGACGGAGUCGCCGAUAGAGACCGACUAGCAUAAUUGAUGUCGGUCUGAAUAUCUAGCAUCUCCCUUUCCCUGAGCUGAACACCGUCAUCGAGUCCAUCUCAUACAUUCAAUAUUUCUUUCGUUUAGCUUCGACUGUCAAGCAAAGACAAACCAUGAUUGAAGUACCCCCAGCCUAUACUGCUGGCGGCUCCCCUCCUUCAUACGAUGAUAUCGCUAAAAAGCUCGAAGACUUGAUCGGGGACGACCCCACCCCAGAAAAAGUCAUCGAGGCCAGCCAGCAACUAUCCGAAGAGGAGCUCGACAUUCUGGUGGAUGGCGCCGACGACCACUGGCCGCUCGAGACCGAACAGCAAAAGAGGGACUUCAGCAUCGGCUGUGGCCAAACCUAUUGCUCGGAGGGAGGAAAGGCUCGUCUGCAGGAGGCAGGGAAUGAAGCUACGCAAGCGACCAAAGAGAUCGAGGAUAUCUUCCACCAGCUGCAUCUGAAAGUUGCGCAGAUUGACCAGAUCCAUCAUUCUGGGUUUCAGCCGGAAAUCAUUCGUCUGCAGCAGUCGUAUCUUCGAACUCUCGCCGAUAGCAGGGAUUUGGCGGCUUCUAUUAGCAGCUCUGCUCAAAACUUCGAUGCCACUGUCGUCAAGUUCUGCGCUGAUAAUAGCAUUCCUGUCGAGGCUCGAAGAUCUGUUAUCGAGUCAUUUAUUACUCGUGUGGCUGGCUUUGAGGAAAGCGCCACUGGGAUUAAGAGUCGAUUUUACACUCUGAAAGACGAGUUCGCUGCGUUUGUCGCUAGCUUUUCUACCUGGGCAAAGGACCGAGAGGGAGAGAUCACCGAUCAAAUCCAAGCGCUUGAGCAGGAAUUGGACAGCCUCCACAAGAGGCUUAAUGCUUUGACGAUCUCUUUGGAAGCUUUUGAGAUUCUUUAUGAUGUCGGCGAUUUGAUGCAAGAUGUAGGGAAGUUCUUCCCAAAGGUUGGUAUAUUCAUGAAGAUUGGAGGCAUCAUUAUUGCAGGUGUCUCUUUUCUUGUUGUCGUUGGCCUUACUGGGGCCCUCAUAGCAACCGAGACCAAAAUUCGCAAUCGAACCCGCGAGAAGCACGCGUUAGAAGCCGAGCUAGAAAUUAUCCGACGCACACGAGCUGAGCUGGAAGACCUGGGAGAAGAAUCCUUGAUCCGGUUUGGAGACGCCAUCAACAUCCUCGCCGGGACAUGGCAACAUACAGCCCAGGAUGCACGGAUCAUCCAACAAUGGUUGGCUGAUGGUGCAGACUCCACGCAUCCACCAGCGUAUGUCGAGCUGAACCGGGAUUAUGGUAUUAACCGAUACGAGACUACGGCAACUUAUUUGGAAAAUUAUGCUAGGGGGAUUUCGCAGUAGAGGGGUAGAUAGUCAUGUCUGCAUUGUGAAGUACUUGCAUGCAGUACGUCAUACUGCAGCCAAUUACUCCUUUUCCAAAUCUUCAACUUUCUCAGAAUCAGUCCUUAUCGAUGAUCAUUCUGAUCAUAAAUUCAAUUCAAUCAUCUCAAUUCUUCAGGAGAAGCAGAUACUAUAUAUACAUAACAGAAGGG